CUGUGACCUCCCCUUUCCUUGAUUAAGGCAAUAUUCAUCCGCUGUAGGAUUAUUCGAUUCAACGUCGGGAGCUUCACCAGCUUUGACUCCUUUUUCCUCCUUUUUUUUUUCUUCUUUGAAUGCGUUGCAAUUAUGAUGAUGUCACCGACGCCACUUUUCCCUAAAGUUAUGGCGGAGCACAACUUUUUUAACUUCUCUUGACCAUUGUGAGUAAUUAGUUUUAGUGAUGGAGCAGUUUCACGGAGCGUGGAAGACCCUAAGCAAUGGCUUUGGAAUGAAGGACUCACCAUUUGAGGGCCCCUGCCUGUCCCCUACCAUGGUCCAGGGCUUCACCUGCCAGCGACGUGCCUCAGACGACAGCAAGAUGAUGGACUCCAAGGCCAGCAGCACAAUCCGUGUCUUCCUCCCAAACCAGCAGCGCACUGUGGUCAACGUGCGACCAGGUAUGACUCUUUACAGCUGUUUGAUCAAAGCCCUGAAGGUGCGAGGUCUGCAGCCCCAGUGUUGCGCCGUCUUCAAGCUGCAUCCCGGACAGAGAAGUAAAAAAUCCCGGAUGGACUGGAAUACCGAUUCAACCUCACUGAUAGGAGAAGAGCUCCUGGUUGAGGUUUUAGAUCAUGUUCCUUUGACAACGCAUAACUUUGUACGGAAGACCUAUUUGAAGCUAGCCUUCUGCGACAUUUGCCAGAAGUUUCUCCUUAAUGGAUUCCGUUGCCAAACAUGCGGCUAUAAAUUCCAUGAGCAUUGUAGCACCAAAGUGCCCACAAUGUGUGUGGACUGGAGCAACAUUAGACAGCUUCUGUUGUGUCCAACACCAGGUGAGAGUGGCUUCCCGUCCCUGCCACAGCUCACAUCCCGACGUAUGAGAGAAUCCCUAACCCGGCUUCCAAGCUCAGCCCAUCGAAAUUCCACCCCUCAUGUCUUCAACUACACCACGUCGUACCCACCCACAGGCGGCGGUCUCUCCCAGAGGCAGCGCUCCACAUCUACGCCCAACGUCCACAUGGUCAGCACGACCCUGCCUGUAGACAGCAGCAUGUUUGAGCUAGACUGUCUGAGUACCUCUCCCAGUUCCUGGUGCCGCAGAUUCUGGCUGAAGAGGAAAGUAGGUAUUGUGCACUUCUCCGAGUCAGAGAGUGCCGAAAAGGAAGCGAUGCGGGAUCAUGACUCAGCUGGAAGUUCCCCCAGCCAGAGCCCCACAGGCUGGACCCAGUCCAAAGCUCCAGCACCAUCCCAGCGAGAGAGAGCCUCGUCCUUCAACACUCAGGAGAAAAAUAAAAUAAGGCCGCGGGAUAAGCGAGACUCGAGUUAUUACUGGGAAAUUGAGGCCAGCGAGGUUUAUCUACAUUCCCACAUUGGUUCAGGCUCUUUUGGAACAGUAUACAAAGGAAAAUGGCAUGGUGAUGUUGCGGUGAAGAUUUUAAAGGUUACCGACCCAACUCCGGAGCAGCUCCAGGCAUUCAGAAAUGAAGUCGCCGUCCUGAGGAAAACAAGACAUGUCAACAUCCUUUUGUUUAUGGGCUACAUGACGAAGGACAACCUGGCCAUCGUGACCCAGUGGUGUGAGGGCAGCAGCCUGUACAAACACAUUCAUGUCCUAGAGACUAAUUAUACCAUGAUCCAGCUUAUAGAUAUCGCUAGGCAGACCGCUCAGGGCAUGGACUAUUUACAUGCAAAAAACAUAAUUCAUCGUGACAUGAAGUCCAACAACAUCUUCCUGCAUGAAGGGUUAACAGUAAAAAUUGGGGAUUUUGGUCUUGCGACUGUGAAGUCCAGGUGGACCGGAUCACAACAGGUGGAGCAGCCCUCUGGAUCCAUUCUCUGGAUGGCUCCUGAGGUGAUCCGAAUGGAGGAUAACAAUCCGUACAGCUUCCAGUCAGAUGUCUAUUCCUAUGGAAUUGUUCUCUUUGAGCUGAUGACCGGAGAACUCCCCUACUCCCACAUAGCAAACAGAGAUCAGAUUAUAUUCAUGGUGGGAAGAGGCCGCUUGUGCCCAGACCUCAGUAAGCUCUACAAGAACUGCCCCAAAGCAAUGAAGAGACUGGUGGCAGACUGCAUCAAGAAAUCUAAGGAAGAAAGGCCGCUGUUUCCGCAGAUCUUGUCCUCCAUUGAGCUCCUCCAGCAUGCCCUCCCUAAGAUAAACCGCAGUGCCUCAGAACCGUCCCUGCACCGAGCCGCACAGACCGAGGACAUCAAUGCCUGCACUCUGACCACCAGGCUGCCUGUUUACACAUAGGCUACUCCUUAGCAACGAGAUUAUUCUGCUCCAUCAGUAAAUGCAAAUUCCCUCCUUAGAGACAUUUGUAUAGAUCUAUACACAUGCAAUCAUACAUAAACCAAUGUUAGUCAAUGACUAUGUAAUUAAAGGAGAAUAGCAGGAGGAGGAGCAUCUGAGAUUAACUACGGAAGAUUACAAUCGGAUCUGCACAAGGUACAUCGCACAUGCGUUAAGAAGUAUGUUGAGGCUUCGUGUUCGUAUCGUAUUUGAUUUUAGUUGUAUACAGAAGCACACAUGCCUACCUGAAACAACAAUGAAUGGACACUGAAGGAAACUUAGGUGAUGUUUGUCUCCUGGUCCGUUUUCUGUCCUGCUUUCAUCAGGCCUGAAGAGAGGACUACUUAAGCUUAGCUGCCUUAUGAGGAAACAAAUCCUGGACUAAGUUUCUGAAGAACUUCACCUCCUCUGUUUAUCAGAAAGCUACUGGAAGCAGCCAAUCUAGUUGCACUAUAGCUGAAUCUGCUUUGUCUUAAAAAUCAGUCUUUAUUUUUGGGUUAUUUUUGAUAAGUUGUCGUGUCUCACUGCGGAAGAGGGUUUUAUCACAUUCAUUGAACAGAUUUGUUGAUGCCUAUACACUCUAUACACUAUUGUUUGGUUAUCAUGAGCUGGACAUUCGGCAGGUGUCUUAAAUAUUUAAAGUAAUUCGGGAACUAAUUUUGGCUGUCACCUUGAGGAGGUUAAAUGUUUUAUUUUAAACUUGGUGGAAAAUUCAUCUAUUCAAUAUUUUAAUAAAAUUAAGUUUAAAAAGUCAUUUGCCGAAAUAUGUUAUUGGUUUGUAUUUUAUUUUUUUAAAUGCAUCUGUUAUUACUCUUCAUGUCCUGUACAGGUCCAUCUCGGUAAUUUAAAAUAUCAUCAAAAAGUUAGUUUUUUAGUAAGUUAAUCCAGAAAGUAAAAUUUUUUGCAGAUUAAUCUCUUUGACGGAUGUACUUCAAAUAUAUGGUAAUUAAGAUAUUAAAGUUUACAGCUAAUUAAAACCCAAUAUCCAGUUUCUCACAGAAUCUGUCGACUAAACAUGACCUAUUAGAAGUAUUUUUAAUACAGAAAGUACUUUUUAAAUAUGUGGAAGGGAAUAAACUAAUUGAACAGUGCGUUUUUAACAACAACAAAAAAGUAGUUAAGAAUAACUACAACGGUAAAAACAGCUUUUUUAUUUGUGCAAAAAAAGGCUGUUUAAUAUAUAAAUUUGCAAAUAAACAGCAGCAGAGAUCCCUUUUAUUUAGUUUUUGAAGGCAGUGGUAGUGGCAGGUGUAACCCUGUUUGGCCUCCUGAUACAGUAAAGUCCCACACAGGUGCAAGACUUUGCAGCAGGGUGUAAUGUUUGCUGUAGCGCUGUGGCAACGUGGUGAAACCUCACUGGGGACCCAGUCCACAUACACCACCAGGGGAUUCUGCCAUUGGCGGAUGCCUCUGUGUAUGUCACAGUCACUGGCGCGCAUGCUGCAACAACAAUCAACCAGCAGGCAAGGGGGCAAGGGAUGGAAAGGGACAGGACACUAGUAUUUUGUUUUAGUGUAAACAUCUAGCGGGCUGCUCCUGUGGGGUAUUGCCACUCAGCGUUAAGGUUUACAGUAAACAUAAGAGCUAAAUAUGGGAGUAGCUUUAUUUUGUGUUUCAUGGACCUUUGAAUUUAGGCCAGGGUUUAAAAAGCAGCACGUUUUGCAGAGGGUUGUUUGUGUAAAACGUUCCACCACACGGGUGAAGAUGUCCAAAUAAGAUGUGUUUCAGCAAAAUAAAGGCUUAACAACAGCA